UUCUCGAAGAAGAAGAAGUGUUGUCGUUGCAAUUCCUGCGAGUGAUCGAUCCAUCGAUCUCCAUUCAUGCACCGACACCCUCUCAAACCUUCUUUCUAUACUCACUCGAUCUGUACCCAUUUUGGGUCUUUCUCGAUGUAGUGCGGAGUGUUUUAGUCAACUUUGUUAUCACAUUGUUGUCGUCGUCGUCGUCGUCGUUGUAAUGCUUAGAAAUCCGGAUGGAGCAAGCAGGAAUGGAAGAGGUGCUCACAGCCAUGGCUGCCAGUGUUAUGCACAGCGCCUCGGGGAUGAGCAAAUGGAGUAUGGCCGAUUUGACUCUGGGAUUAUACAAGCUGUCAGGUCGGCACGCAUUGGAAGGCGCUGUGGAUACUAUCAAGGGUGCUCCUAUCGUGCUUCGAAGUGAGUUGGAAAAUAUUUUAGAAUGGUUACAAUGGGCCAAAGCUGCGUACAAGAGGGAUCAAAGAUCACUUGCUUCAGUACUGCGGAUUCGGGAGGAGGACAUUGUGACGCACGUGGGCACAUCCGAUGUGAAGAAGCCUGCUUAUUAUAUUAUUAAGUAUCACCGCAAACGUUGUAUAGUAAUGGGUAUCCGGGGUACAAGUGCAGCUCACGACGUCCUAACAGACCUAAAUACCCAUUGUGAACCUUUUGAAGGAGGGUUUGCACACUCAGGAAUGUUAGCUGCCGCACAAUGGUUGCUCCGAAAUGAAGGCCAAACUUUGCAAAACGUUCUCAAAGAAAAUGAGGGUUUUCGUUUGGUGCUUGCGGGCCACUCAAUGGGGGCAGGCACAGCUGCCCUUUUAGGUCUCCUGCUAAAGGAAACAUCUGCUGAAGAGGCUAAUGUAUCGAAAAUCUUAAAGAUCCCAAAUGAAAUGAUAACAUGCUGGGGAUUUGGAAGCCCGCCUUGUGUUAACUUUGAGCUUGCCAUCGCGUCAUCCUUUAUACACAAUGUCGUCCUUCAGGAUGAUGUUGUUUCCAGGGUUAGUCCAGCUGCAUUAGAGGACUUGCGGUUAGAGGUGGCGCAAACAGAAUGGAGUCAGGCCUUCAAGGAGGGAAGCACGCAAAGGCAAUUUGUGGAUAUGGUCCAUGAAACAACUCAGCGAAUCAGUGCUCUUCCGAUAACCCCUCCAGCGUUAGCUGUCUUUAAUGUUGCGAAGGAGAAAGGGUUGAGCAAAAUUCUGAGCGCUGGAAAUGCUGUAGUGUCUCAAAUAGCUGGAAAAUCUUCAAGGACUUCAAAGGCUGGUGCUUGGCUCUCGCUAGGGACUGCAGCCGCCGGAACUCUUUUGCAAGCAGCUCAUAAGAGAGUUUCUCAUGGCGUUCAAAAGUCCCUGUCUGAAAUAGAGGAAAAGACCCGGAGGUCGGAUCAGCAAGUAGCAGUGUCUGCUCUGGCAAUCCAGGCAGGGACGAGUACUACAAAAACUGAGGUACUUCUGCAACGUCGGUUGCAUCUUCCUGGAACACUUUAUCACAUUCUCCGGCAGCUCCUCCCACCGGGUUUGUCCCCGACAAAUGUUGGUGGAAAUGGGGCUAGGACCGUCACCCACACAGUAGUGAAGGGUACUGACCCCAACUCAAGGUUCAGCCGAAUCGUAUUGUCCAAUACGAUAUUCUCAGACCACAACUCCCCUGCUUAUAUUGAUGCUAUGGUGGAUGCCUUACAAUGUGCUUCCAGAGGUACAACAAUCCUCCUCUAUGGUAGCGGAAGUUAGAUAGGACCGUAUCAUUCACAUUGAUUCAUAGUAGGGAAUGUUCCCCACCACCACAGAAUCUCUCGUACGUAGAGAAUUUCUAAUUGUAGGUUAUUCUUUUACUCAGAAUGGUGGUCUCCAAUACAUGGCUAGACCUGAAGAUCUGAGCUGGAAUUAUUCAGAAUUUUAUGCAGUGAUACUUAUCAGCAACAUCAAAUUUUUCUUUUAUAGAUACAUUUCUACAACAGGGUUCUUCUGUUGCUUACUUUACAGAUGCCAUUCAAAAGCCUACUUAAUCUUCAACUGGUUGAAGAGUUCAGGAAAUUUACUAGGGCAAACACGAAAUCCUAUAUAACCGAAAUGCAACAUAGUCCAGAAUGUGAUGAACCAGGCACUGAAGGUUUUUUAUCAUUGUAAUUAGAAAACGCACCGUCAUUUGUGCAUUCUCAAUGGUCAAAUGGCCCUUUUGUACAAGAGUCAAGAGGACCAUUUCUCAAAUGACAAAUUAAGGAA